AAGUGUAAAUUUGAAAGAAAAAAGUGGUUAUUUGAAAUGAAUAAUGAUCAAGCUAGUAAAUUACUUGCAUCUAACGAGGAAACUAGAUAUGAAGAUUUUGUGAAAAUAAUAUAUGAGGAUUACUGAGUUGACGCAGAACACGAGUUGGAGCUAACGUACCUUUUGCCGGAACGUAAUCUGGUCAAGGAAAACCUCGAUAUCCCUCCUGUGAAAGUAAGAAACGAUAGGAAAUUUCAUGGAUUUUGUGUCUUCACAAAGUCGAAAACGUCAAGACUCAGUGUAGAGUUUAAAGUUAAAAAAAGUGAGGUUGUCGAUUUGAUUACUGCGACUGUUGAUCGGAGAUUGAUCAUCCUAUGUAUGUUGUCUAGAGAGAGAGAGAGAGAGAGAGAUUUGUUUCUAUUUUUUGUCGAUGUUUUCUUUUAAUUAAUUAAAUUUAACAUAUAUUUUGCAAUUUUUUAAUUUAUAUAUGUGACAAAUUUGUGGUUAAUUAAAUUAGAGAUGGGCUUUUAGUAAAUUUACUUAUAUCUCAUUUUAGUCUAGUAAUUAAAAUUUAAUAUCAGUCAUUCUAGUAAUUCUUAGAUCAAGUAGAGUCAUUCCAAGUAAUUUCUCUUUAAAUUAUUUAGAAUUCAAGCAGGGGGAGAAGUGGUGACGUUCUGGUCCAAGGAGUGCAUAUCUCGUGGGGGAGAAGAGCAUGGUGAUGGACGUCAUGAUGUAGAUGGUGCUUAUCUCAUGGGGGAGAAAAGUAUAUCUAUUGUAGAAGAUAAAGAUAGUGCAACUCUCAUGAGGGAGAAUGGCAUAUCAAGUGUGGUAGUUUCCAGGUGAGGAAACAUGGUUGUUGAACCAGAAGGAUAUUGUGCUUGAUCGGCACACAAAGCUAAAAGGGGGAGAUUGAAGAUGCAAGUGGAGCUUGUAGAUAUCAAUAGUCUUCCGUGACUAAUUAGGCGACGAAGUCACUGAUGUUGGAUGCAUUAGUCGUUACUACAUAAGGCAUGAGGAGUGGUGGGUUACCAUGUGGAUGCAAGAUAUGCUGAGAUGGAGAAGGAUAAACUGAGGGUUUAUGUUUUGACGUAGUCAUUGAAGUAGUUGCUAGGGCAGUGUGUGUCAGAGAGUGAACCAGGAGACAUGCGGAGUGGUGGAGACCAUGUGGAUGCAAGAUGCUGAACUGGCGUGGGAUAAACUUGAGGAGCAAGUUUAUACAGUGGAGAAAAGGCAAGAGAUAAACUUGGGGAGCAAGUUUAUGCCUUGAGGAAGUGCAUUUCAAGAAAAAAAAAUGUACUUAUUGAUAUAGAAGUUGUCCAUAUCCAUGUUCUUUGGAGGCUAGGGUUUCAGGAACGUGGAGAUCACUAUAAAAGAACUAUGGAGUCGUGUGUAUUCCACAAGACACUAGCUAUUAUUCUAGAGGAAUGGUGAAAAUCCCUUAGGGGUGUGCUGGGGUCGUGCUGAAGCAGUUGCUGAAGUACUGACGACAGAGAGACAAGUUUGGAUAGAUUAGGAAUUUUUCAUUAGCAGCUGUUAGGGUGUUAACAGGCUGUGUAAAGAUGAUAAGCAAGUCUUGUAAUAGAUUGUUUAGACAAUUUCUAAUAAAAUAAUAGUUGGUUGUUUGUAUCUAUUUUAUCUUUUGAUUUAUCUUCUGCAUUACUCAAUUAUGGUAUCAUUUUUGCACUAACAUUUCAUCCCGGAGACCGAAUCACUCAUAAUGAAACUGAAUCAUACUCUCUCUCAUAUGCAAAACAAUAUUAACAACUGUGACGCGGUGCCAAUCUCUUCUUUAAGAAGUAUUAUUUGUCAUAUUGCUAAAUCGUCCAAUAUAAAAGUUCGGCCUUCCUAGAUGGAGAUGCAACCAUAUUCCAUGUGAGCUAAACCUUAAUUUGUCUUCCGGUAUUUUAUAUUAAUUAGAAAAAUUUGUAUUGCAACAGCUGGAAGCUUCAUUUUUUGGACUUACAGUAGGAUUUGUCAAAAAUCACCAGUUAAAAUACGUCGCUCGUGGGACACGCGGAAUAUUAUAUCAUUUGCUCCGACUUUCAAAAAUAAACAAUAAGAGGAAGAUAUAGCUGUAGAUCUUGCCAGUGAAGCAUACUAUAUAGUAUAUAUAAAUAAUUGUUCUGUAUGAUAAUAGUUUGAUAAAAGGAAAAUAGAAAACAAUAGGCUGUGUUUCAAAAAAAAAAAGGGUAAACAAUAGGCUAACGUCAAUAUCCAUGCAUGUGGUAAUUAAAUAUCUGACCGGAAAACUCGACUUGAGAUAUUAAAAAUGAUCAAACACGCCGCCUGGUUUGCAUAUUAAAUUAGAAUCAAAUAUCCAUCAGUGAUUCAAAACCGCUAUAAAAAGAACGCCACUUAGAUGUGAAAGAACCAUCCCUAAACUUCUUCUGUUGAAGAAAAAACACAAACAACUAAAAGCAAAAUGGUUUUAAUAAAGUUUCCUCUCGUGGGGCUGCUUUUGCUCCUAACCAUCAUCGUCUCUCCGGCAACAGCGGAUGGACCUGUUUGUCCGCCAUCGACUAAACUAAGCCGGGCAAGUUUCCCUGAAGGUUUUUUAUUUGGCACGGCUACUGCGGCAUACCAGGUUGAAGGUGCAGUCAAUGAAACUUGUCGUGGACCAUCCUUAUGGGAUAUCUACUGCAAGAGAUAUCCAGAAAGAUGCAAUAACGAUAACGGUGAUGUGGCCGUUGACUUCUUCCACCGUUAUAAGGAAGAUAUUCAACUGAUGAAGAAUCUAAACACAGACGCCUUCAGGCUCUCUAUCGCGUGGUCGAGAAUAUUCCCUCAUGGGAGAAAGGAGAAAGGAGUGAGCCAAGCUGGUGUGCAAUUCUACCACGACCUCAUCGACGAACUCCUAAGAAAUGGUAUAAUUCCAUUCGUGACUGUUUUUCACUGGGACAUUCCACAAGAUCUAGAAGACGAAUAUGGUGGCUUUUUAAGCGAUAAUAUUGUGAAGGAUUUCCGGGAAUAUGCAGAUUUUGUUUUUCAGGAAUACGGUGGAAAAGUGAAACACUGGAUCACAUUCAACGAGCCAUGGGUAUACUCUCACGCCGGUUAUGACAUAGGCAAGAAAGCACCGGGACGUUGCUCUACUUACGUAAAUCCUAAGUGCCAAGACGGACGAUCAGGCUAUGAGGCUUACCUCGUCAGUCAUAACCUUCUCAACUCUCACGCAGAAGCCGUUGAAGCUUUCCGAAAAUGCGAAAAGUGUAAAGGUGGGAAGAUCGGAAUCGCACAUAGUCCGGCUUGGUUUGAACCACAUGACUUUGAUGAUUCACAAGAUGGUGCGUCCAUUGACCGUGCACUUGACUUUAUGAUGGGGUGGCAUCUGGAUACUACUACAUUUGGAGAUUAUCCACAGAUUAUGAAAGACAUUGUUGGACAUAGGUUGCCUAAAUUUACUAAUGCUCAGAAAGCAAAAUUAAAAGACUCGACUGAUUUCGUAGGGCUUAACUACUACACGUCGAAGUUUUCAAACCAUCUGGAGAAGCCAGAUUAUUCUAAACCAAGAUGGAUGCAAGAUUCUCUCAUAUCAUGGGAAACUAAGAAUGUACAAAACUACAGCAUCGGUAGCCAGCCUUUUACCGCUGCAAUGAACGUUUACUCGAAAGGCUUGAGAAAUCUUUUGAAAUACAUCAAGGAUAAGUACGCAAAUCCAGAGAUUAUGAUCAUGGAAAAUGGAUAUGGAGAAGAACUUGGGGCUACAGAUUCGAUUAAAAAUGGUACUGCUGAUCAUAAUAGGAAAUACUAUCUCCAGAGGCAUCUUUUGAGUAUGCAUGAAGCUAUUUGCAUCGACAAAGUAAAUGUUACAGGAUACUUUAUAUGGUCAUUGUUGGAUAACUUCGAGUGGCAAGACGGUUACAAGAACAGAUUCGGACUCUAUUACAUUGAUUUCAAAAAUAACCUCACACGUCAUGAGAAAGAAUCCGCGAAGUAUUAUAAAGGAUUCCUAAGUGAAGGGACUCGUCCUUCCAUGAUCAAGAGAGAUGAACUUUGAGUUAUAUUUGGAGAGAUUGGAUUGUUUCAAAGUUUCCUUUUUUUUAUGUUUUAGUUUCUGGUUGACCAAGAUGUAUGAGAUCUUGGUUGGAAUAAAAGUGUUUUUCAUUUUUUUUUUCAAUUUACAUUGUCUACGUGAUUUGACAACAUCAAGAAGGUUUUUACUAUAAUAAAGUGAUCUCUUUUUUUUUGUCAACCAAGUGAUCUCUUUUUAGAACUCCCUAUGUGAAGUUCCAUACUUUUAAACAAAAAAGGUGAAAUAACACAAUGGUGAGAUUUAAUUGGUUUAAUGACGUGGCAUUUCAGUUGACAUUACGAUUUAGAUAUGUAAAACCAAAAAAAUUAAAAUUACUCAAAUAAGCAAUAGUUUAUUGUAAAAAGUAUGUUGUAUGUCAUGUUGAUAUAACAUGAUUAAUUCAUCCCCAAAUUUUUCAAAAAAGCUGAUUCGUUAAAAAAAAUGUAGUUAAUGUAAUUUCUAAAUAUUUCGUGGUAUACUUAAUAAAAGGUAAAAACUAUAGAAAGGUAGAAAAGUCAAUUGUUGACAAAAAAAAAAAAAAAAAAAAAAAAAGGUAGAAAAGUCAAUAUGAAAUAACCAUUGUACGGAUGUCUAAGAGUAGUACAUAAUUUCAUUGACUAAAUACUAAAUAACAAACACGAAACCUAAACGGAGAACUAGUGGUACUAAGUA